AUGGAUGCAUCUCCAAACUGUGCCAUCUGCAAUGCGCCGCCGUAUCCUGAAUGCUCCUGCGAGUCGGAGCGGCUGCAAAUCGCUGUCAAGCAGGCCGAACAGCGUGCCAUGGACGAGAGGCUGGCCGAGAUACGGGACUGGGUAAUCAACCAUGCUCGCCAGCACAUCCUCAACGCAUUCGAAAGAUUGACCUCGAUACGCAAGCAAGCGCAUUCGUCAUACCUAGCCUCCCUCCCAAACUACGAAGUCUACAUGCGAUACUCGGGCCAUCCCCCACUUCACCCAAUGUAUAUAUCGACGCUGCAAACACAGAUUGCAGAAGCGCAUGCAGAACUCAAGCGCGGUAUUGAUGCCGACUGGCGCGCAUCCGUACUGCGAUACCCAGAAGUCCUCGACUAUUUCUAUAGCCUUGUCGACCUCAGACUACCGGACGAUCGCUCUCGAGAAGUCGUUGAGCCGCCAUUCGCCGCGGCAGGCUACGCGGAUAUAGGAUAUCGGGUCAAAGAGAAAAAGAAAAAGCGGCGGGACCGAGCGGAGAGAGAGGGAUCAGUACCGCAGCAGCCUCAGAUGCAUAUGGCACUCAGAGUGAUGCGUGGACAGAUGCCUCCUGUACCAACCCCACCGAUUCAUCAUAACGGGGCCUAUCCUCGACCGCCAGAAUCUUACGAUUUCUGA